CCGGCCUACUGACUAUGCCCCGGAGUCCCACGUCCAGUGAGGAUGAGAUGGCCCAGAGUUGUUCUGACUACUCAGAGGACUCCGCCUCUGACAGCUCCCGUGAGGAGACCAUCUACGAGACCAUAAGAGCCACCGCCGAGCCGGCCCCCAGACACAUGGACGACAUACACACUCACUCCCUGGUCGUCCGCAUCGUCAUCCCUGACCUGCAGCAGACAAAAUGUAUGCGGUUCAACCCAAACGCUACCGUGUGGGUUGCCAAGCAGAGGAUCCUGUGCACGCUGAACCAGAGUCUGAAGGAUGUGUUGAACUACGGCCUCUUCCAGCCCGCCAUGAACGGACGAGACGGGAAGUUCCUGGAUGAAGAACGACUCCUCUUGGAAUACCCACAGCCAAUCAGCAAAGGAGUUCCAUCUCUGGAGUUCCGCUACAAGAACCGAGUCUACAGGCAGCCCCAUGUGGAAGAGAAGCAGAUUGCCAAACUUCACACCAAGGCCAACUUGAGAAAGUUUAUGGACCUCAUCCAGCACCACCAGGUGGAGAAAGUAUCUAGGCUGCUGGAGAGAGGGCUGGACCCCAACUACCAGGAUACAGAGACCGGUGAGACCCCCCUGACGUUUGCGGCCCACCUGGAUAACGUGGUGGAGAUCAUAAAGAUUCUGAAGAAUGGAGGGGCCCACCUGGACUUCAGGGCCAAAGACGGCAUGACGGCCCUACACAAAGCUGCUAGGUCCAAGAACCAGGUUACUCUGACGACCCUGUUGGAGCUUGGUUUGUCUCCAGACUAUAAGGACAGCCGGGGUCUGACGGCGCUCUACCACACAGCCAUGGUGGGAGGAGACCCGUUGUGCUGUGAGUUGCUGCUACAUGAACACGCCACCGUCUGCUGCCAGGACGAAAACGGCUGGCACGAAGUCCACCAGGCUUGUCGGAAUGGCUUUGUCCGGCAUCUGGAGCAUCUGCUGUUCUACGGGGCGGACAUGAGCGCACAGAACGCCUCAGGGAACACAGCGCUGCACAUCUGUGCUCUCUACAACCAGGAUAACUGUGCCAGGGUGCUGCUGGUCCGUGGAGCCGACAAAGCGGUGAAGAACUACAACAGCCAGAGUCCCUUCCAGGUGGCCAUCAUCGCAGGGAACUUCGAACUGGCUGAACUGGUCAAGAACCACAAAGAGACAGAUAUAGUGCCUUUCCACGAGGUCCCGGAAUACUCCAAGCGGCGUCGUGCACUUCCCCCUACCAGCAGCAGCGGCAGCUCCCUGGCGACCCCCCGGGUCCUACUGCGCUCCAACAGUGACAACAACCUCACGGUGAGCCAAGGGCCCCCCCAGGACUGGUCCCAGCCCCAGGGACCCCCCCAGCACCACAGACCCCAACACGGAGGGGUCGGACCCCCCACCUCCACCUCCCACCAUAUCCUCUCUCCACAGCUGCUCCAGCAGAUGCAGGGGAACCCCAAUGGCACUGUUAGCACCAUGGGCCAGGGGUCCCGCAGUACCAGCGUGGGGGUGGUCCCCCGGAGUCAGUCCCCGUCCCUCAACCGGCUGGGAGAGGAGGCCCGCAGGCCGCACUCGCAGACACAUGUACAGACACAGCAGACGCAGCACAGACAGCCCAGCCCCAGUGGUAAUGUGGAGGUGGUGGUGCAGCGGAGGAAGCUGUACAGUGCUGUGCCAGGGAGGCACUUUGUGGUGGUCCACGCCUACCGGCCACAGGCCGAGGGAGAGAUCCCCCUCUACAAGAACGACAGGGUCAAAGUUCUGAGCAUCGGAGAGGGGGGCUUCUGGGAAGGCAGUGCCCGGGGCCAGGUGGGCUGGUUUCCUGCGGAGUGCGUGGAGGAGAUUCCUGCCAAGCCCAGCGAGGAGAGGAUGCACACAAGAGCUGACCGCUCGGACAGGAGGAAACUCUUCCGACACUACACUGUGGGGUCCUACGAUAGCUUUGACGCCUCCAGCGACUGCGUGGUCGAGGAGAAGACGGUGGUCUUGACCAAGAAGGAGAAUGAAGGCUUCGGCUUCGUGCUGCGAGGGGCCAAAGCGGACACGCCCAUCGAGGAGUUUACUCCCACCCCUGCCUUCCCAGCCCUCCAAUACCUGGAGUCGGUGGAUGAGGGAGGAGUGGCCUGGCAGGCGGGGCUUAGGACCGGGGACUUCCUCAUUGAGGUCAACCAGGAGAAUGUGGUGAAGGUGGGCCACAGGCAAGUGGUCAACAUGAUCCGUCAUGCAGGGAACAGCCUCAUCAUCAAAGUGGUAACGGUCAGCAGGAAUAUGGACCCUGAGGACACCGCACGCAAAAAAGCCCCCCCACCGCCAAAGAGAGCCCCCACAACCGCCCUGUCUAUGCGCUCCAAGUCUAUGACCUCUGAACUGGAAGAACUAGCCACACUAAGGAAAAAGAAAGGUGAUGGUCAGAAGAAGAGGAUAUGUUUUCAAGUCACUCUAAAUAAAGUGGAUGAGGUGUCACCUUCCCAGAAUGCCGUGGACACGAAGGUGGCCACCAUUAAGCCACGCCCCUCCAGCCGCUGUUUGGUCACGCCUACUGACAUGAAUUCCAUGUACGACCGCCAAGGUGGUGUGGCAGUGGUACCACCCACCAUGCCAGGCAGUCCUAGAGGGGGGGCAUUCCUGGGCAUACUUGCCAAGGGUGGCACCAUGAGGAGACAGAAGUCCAUAGGUAUAACAGAAGAGGAGAAGACGCUCCUCACCCCUCCCCCACUCAAGUUCACCCGCAGCCUCUCCAUGCCCGACACGUCCGAGGACAUUCCCCCUCCCCCGGCCAUCUCCCCCCCGUCUCCCCCCUCCUCCUUCAACUCUCCAUCCGUCUCCCCCACGCCACGGGGCUUAGGCACCAACCGACCGGGCCUCACCCUCAACUCCGCUGGAAAAUGUUCCAACACCACUAUCCUUGGCAACCGCACAGUAGAUGUAGGGACGCUAAGGCGAGGUUAUCACCGCCAGAGCUCAGAACAGUACGAUAGUAGAAGCAGAGGACGGGCACCUGUGCCCGAGAACCCAUACUCGGAGGUGGGCAACAAGGCGCUGUACGUGCCUGCCAAGCCGGCAAGGAGGAAGGGCAUGCUGGUCAAGCAGCCCAAUGUGGAGGACAGCCCAGAGAAGACCUGUUGUGCCCUGCCCUCAGAUGCCAUUUCCAUGCCGACCACACCAACUGAGAGGACCUUCUCGUCCAUUCCCAUCCCCACCAUCAUCGUCAAGGAGCCGUCCACCAGUAGCAGUGGAAAGAGCAGCCAAGGCAGCAGUAUUGAGAUCGAGCCCACCACGCCCGAACACCCACCCUUAACGCCCGGGGCAGGGGGCAGGGGACUGAGGCCUGAAGACCCCAUUGUCAACAACCCCUUCGCGGCUGCCAUCGCAGGGGCAGUGAGGGACCGGGAGAAGAGGCUGGAGGCGCGGAGGAACUCGCCCGGCUUCCUCUCCACCGACAUGGGGGAUGAGGACUUGGGAGACCAGGCCCCGUGCCUACUCCAGUCCAAGUCUAUCGACGAGGGGAUGUUCAGUAAUGACGAGCACCUGCAGAGGAUAAUGGCUCCCCCGCCGGCCUCCACCCUGCUGCGGUCACAAGAAGGGGGUGACCGUGGGGGUAACGUGACAGACUUCAACACCCCUGAGCCCACCCAGGUGGUGAGGGAACCCCUGACCGCGCGUACCGGCCAGUACCCCAACCUGGACAGCCCCGUCAGUCUCCCGGCCACUCCACCCAAGACCUACAGCUCCAACGGAGGAAGGGACUACCUGCACCCCGUCACAGGUAAGGCCCUGGACCCUAACUCGCCCCUCGCCCUGGCGCUGGCGGCCCGGGAAAGAGCCAUGAAGGAGCAGACACAAACAACCAUGGCGACGCAAGCCCCACCCCUUUCUCAACCUCAACCGCUCCCCAAGAGCGAUGCCCCCCAGUCCCUCCCUCCCAACCCCCACAAACCUAGCCUCAAUCAGCCCCUCUUCAUCGAUACCAAACUCCGCUCCAACACCGAGGCAAGCUUCGCUACCUCCACGACAACUCUGGGGCGAGGCAGAGUGGUAGGCCUGAGGAGACAGAUGACAGAGCAGAAGUACGAGUCGGAUGGAGCGAGGGAGGAGAGGCAGCAGGCGGAGCAGGAUGGGAAGAGCAUACAGAUCGACGUUGUGAACACGUCACAACCGCAGAAAGCUGCUGGGCUGCUGAUGGUGCACACCAAAAACAGCCCAGAGGAGGAAGACAGGGGACAAGAGAAUACACCAGCCCAGGACAACAGCAUCCCCAGUGAACUGAGAGACCCCAACCAGCCAAAACCCCCCACCAACAGCCACAGUUCCAUGCCCCUGCCCCCUGUGCCACGGGGGAAGAGCAUCACGGCUGGGGGGUCGGUGGACGAGCCAAUCAAGCUGCCCUUCCGCAUGCCCCCUCCCCCACUGGCCUCAGUGGACAUCGAGGAGGUGGAGGAGUUUGUCUUCUCCGAGCCCUUGCCGCCACCGUUGGAGUUCGCCAACAGCAUCGACAUCCCUGAGGACCAGGCAACGGCCAUCGCUGAGUUGCUCAAGCAACGAGACCAAGAGAGACGCAACGGUAUGGGGGACAGGGGGCCAAAUACACCCCCAUACUACACCCACGCCCCGUCCCCUGUCGGCCAGUUCCGACGGGGAAGCGGGAUGUCCAAUUGCGUGCCCCCACCCUCCUAUCCCCCUCCGCCCCCCGACGGUGGCUUUGAGCAAGGUGUCACUGACUCAGGCAUCGAGGAGGUAGACAGUCGCAGCAGUGGAGACCCCCGUAUGGAGACUACCAGCACAAUUUCCACAGUUUCCAGCAUCUCUAUACUGUCGUCGGAGGGCGGGUACAACAGCGCCCUGGAGAACACUUCUAUGGUCUAUACUGAUGGCCAGGCUUACCUCGAUGACCGACCCCCCGUUCCCCCCAAGCCCAAAAACAAGCCCAUCAUCAACAAGAACACUGCACUUUACCACGACGUCCUCAUGGAGGAAUCCCUGGACUCCUUCGGGGCACCCCCUCCUGUCCCUCCUCCUCCACCCGGGUCCAUGUCCCCCCCGAAUCUCCCCAGGACUCCCACCCAUCGGUCGUCCAAGCUGUGGGGCGAGCCCCCGGAGCUAAGGAGCCCACCCACAUCCGACCCCAAGGCCACGGUUAUCAACGAGUUGAGCUCCAUCUUAUCACAGAUGUACCGGCCCAAACCGUGGGACUCCUUCGACUCACCCACCACAGGGGCCAGGGGCAGCUUUGGAACUAGCUCUCCAGCCCCAGGAAGCCAACGGAACUCCAGCGUGUCAUUCAGCCUGCCACCCUCCUCCUGCACCCCUCCUUCCAGCCUGCCCCCUCACCUCUGCAGCCCCCCGGACACCUCGUCGCUCUCCUCGCCCCCCUGCCCCUCCUCUUUACCCCACUCUGCCUCGCCCAGCCUCAGUGACCUCUUCGGCCUGCCCACCCCACCCAUGGGGAGUACGAGUGGCUUCGGCAGCAUGGGCGGUAGCCUUGGUGGAGGGUCCUCGUGCGGAGGCUCGCGCUCCCCCUCGCCACUGACCCUAAUGCAGGCCGUAGCCACCUCAGGCAAACCCUUUGCCUCCAAGCCCGUGGAGCUGUGGAGCAAGCUGGACGUAGCCGACUGGCUGGACAGUCUGAAUUUGUCGGAGCAUAAAGACGCCUUCCUGGACAACGAGAUCGAGGGCGCCCACCUGCCCUCGCUGCAGAAAGAGGAUCUGAUUGACCUGGGGGUGACGAGGGUGGGCCACCGCAUGAACAUUGAGAGGGCCCUCAAAAUGCUGCAGGACAGAUAAAGCCAGGGGGUGUGGAUUUAUCUGAAACACUCUCUGUCCUACCUGUUCUCCUUUUCUGUCUGGGACGAUUUAGGAAUCGGCCUCUGACUCCUCCCUUCCUGCCUCGACUCUGUGGCGUGUUUGUGUUUGAUCAUUCCCAUUCUGCUUCCCGAGUAUCAGGGGAUGUCGGAAUCCUGAAGGAACUGCAUCAAUCCAGAAUGGAGAAAAAGUGGGAAAAAUCCUGUAUCCUUUUAGGGAUGCUCUUGUCACCACACUUUGGAAUAUUCUUGAAACGUAGCCCUCAAACACUUUGAAAUACUGAUAGAAAUCCAACCUGGACAAUUUUGGAAUACUAAAGACUACAACUCCAAAUUUGCUUUGGAAUACUCAAUACUUUUUCAAGCUCCCACAGUGCGGGUGUUUGAAACCAGCUGAGCUGGUUGGCGCACCUUUUCUAUCUUUGCUAGAGUUUCUUCAGAGAAUAUUUCUUCACUAGAGUCAAACCGUGGGUUAUGUUUAUGGAUGCAUCUGACGUUGUAGAAACAUUUGAAAAACAUUAGAAACAAGAAUCUUUGCAGAAAUGUUUAGCUUAAUCCUAAACCAUAUCACUCGCUGCGAGCAAAUACACACACGCACGCACGCACACACACACACACAGAUAUCCGGCGAUGGCCUUCUCCUGAGAGAAACAUAAUGAUGUGUUAGUCUUUUCUAAUGCAUGGCUGGAGGGGCUCUACUGUAGCAGGCACCACUGUCCCCUUCACAUCCCUGUUCACUGUGGAAGGUGUGUGUAUUUGCGUUUUGUCAGAGACAUGUUUGUGAGGUGUGUGUGCGCACGCUGUGGGAGGUUUGCUAAAUGGGUUUUAGAAAGACAUGAGUGAGAGUGUAAGGCCUAGAUUCAAUCAAAUCAAGCGUUAAGCAGUGCUAGCCGACACCCGCAUAGCUGAUGUUUUGGCGGUGUCAGAGGUGUAACGGUGUUGGAGCUGUCAAAUCGGUGAUCAUUGUCACGAAGCCUCACAAAUGUAUUUAUUGUUAGAAGUUCAAAAAGAGAAAGUGUAUGCUAUAUAGAAAUCAUAUAGCACACAAUAAUACGCUCAAAUUGAAAACCAUGAAACAAGACAAUGAGGAUUUCUAUCAACCUAAUCAAGGUGUAGACUGCAUCUCACAUUCCGGUGUCCGAACUUGUAAAAAGGGCUGCGUGGGAUUUAUCUUAAUGCGAUUCUGUGCAGCCAAUGGCAAUGUCUGUUUUAGGUAUAAUGCCAGGAGCCGCUUGUGGAUUUGACAGCUCUAACUAACACAGUUCCACCUCCGACACUGCCAAAACAACCCUACGCUGGUGUUGGCUGGCAAGGAUCUGAUAUAAUCUAGCCCUAAGUGUUGGCGUCAUAUGUGUUUUCAUCGUCUUCCACACACUUGACAGUGAACCGGACAGGAGUGGAAUGCCAGACCCCUUACUCCCUACCCCCGAAUCAACCAGCCUCCCUUCAGGCCUAUGACAGAAAUAAUCCACCUAUCACAACAACAAUUUUCCUGCCAUAAUAUCACCAUCUCUCUCCUCUCUAUUCAGCCAUCUUUAAUCAUGUCUAAUCACUGAGUGAUUCCUUUCACAGAUCAAACAUUGUUUUUAUAUUAAUACCAGUGUGUGCUGUUGUGUUAUAGGUGAAGGUUAAAAACAAUUUGUUGACAUAAUGAUUCUCGGUGAGUAUUUGAAGACAACCAUUUAAAGGAUGAGUGCAAAACGGGUGUUACUUUGUGAUCUGUGUUAACAUAGGACACUGGUUGACUGUGUGCUUGUUUUUAGACAGCUUACUUGUACUGUGCAUUGCAGGGGCCAAGAAUACUAUUCACUAAAAUCUGCUACCCAGACAUUCACACAAUCACCGAAGAGGAUUUAUUUUUUUAAAUGUAUAGGAACAUUUACAAAGUUUGUGUAUGAUUUGCCGAUGAAUCACAAAAAAAUAUCGACGAGGUGUUAGUCCUACCUGGUGUUUCCAGGGGGAAGAAAAGCGGUGUGACACAGCAACACCAACUGAGCAACUAUUAGAGGGGUAUGGUUUGAUCCAGCCAAUAAAGGCUUUCUAUGAUGCAUUUGGUCCAUGUUCAUUUGAGAAUGAAAUGGAGAGUCCUCCGUAACACUUUACUUAAGCCUGCAGGUAGAAGGCUUGCUUAUCAAAAGUUAUAAAGUAUUAUUACUACAGGCUUCAAGUAAAGUGUUACGGAGUCCUUUUCUUAACACAUCCCUGGUGUAGAACUAGAUUAUCUUCCAAUCAAAGCUCCCAUCUGACUGCCAAUCAAUUGUCUCCAUCCUUUUUCAUGAAACACCAUUUAGUCAAUGUACCCAGGAAGUGUUUGGUGGCAUUUAUUUGAAGUAAAUUGAAUAUAUUUAUUGUUUUGAAUGUGUAUAAAGGAAUGAUUUAAAGAAAAGAGUACAUCUACAGAAUAAUUAGAUGUAUAAUAUUUCUAAACGGUUCAGAGAGAAUUUCUAUGAAAGACUAUGGCCAUUGCAUCCAUCCUCAGAACUUAUUUUCACUCUAUCCCUGUUUUGUGUUUGAAUAGUGCCUCAAAUAGCUCAUUAUUCUCUACAUAGUGCCCCAUUUCUGGCCUCUCUGCCUCUGAACUAGAUUAGAACUACCCCAGAAUGGACUGCAAAGAGAAGUGUGGAAGCCAUGUAUGCCACUGUACCCCGAUGACCUAUAUAUUAGAACAUAUCACUAAAAAGUGAACUGUAUUUUGGUGGUCAUUCGAGGACAUAUCCCAUGAUUAGAUCAGUUCACAGUGAUGUUCUAUGAACAUAACCAUGAUUGUUUGGAUUGUGUGCAAUUUAGGGUCUCCUGUAGGGCAAAAAAAAGAAGCUACCUUGGUGAGAUUCCUUCUUCUGUCUCCCGGUCCCUUUGUGCAACUGUAUGGUAAUGAAGGGAAGACAAAGGGAUGAGGGGAAAAAAGGGAAUACCAGGCCGACAGAAAGAGAAGACUUGCAGGACACUGCUAUAAUCCAUUCAUUAUUUUUAAAAGAAUCAACAGAAGUGACAGAAAAAAAAGCACAGUAUUUUUUAUGAUUUAUAUAGAAUUCUAUGGAAUUUUAUAAAAGACAUUUGGAGAAAAAUAUUCAACUCUGAAGUGUGGUUUGCCAAAAAGUGAAGAAGAAAACAACUAUAUUAUAUAUAAAUAUAUAUUAAUAGAAAUUAAUAACAGAUUUAUGAGGAAACUAAGAAGCAAUAUUUAUACUGAAUGGAUAUCCUUGGUUGUGGUUUUUUCCCAGUUUUAAGAUGAACUAUCGUUAUAUAUUAUCACCUGUUGAUAUUAUGAACACUGAUAGAUUAAGUGGACAGAAGACAUUUGUCCAAUCAAAAUAUAUUUUAUAUACUAUCCUCUGGCCAUCACCUGCCUAUCUUGAAUAUUGUAAUUUUUGACAAUUCCAAAUCGCUUAGUCUGUAUAAAAUGUGUGUAUAAAUGAGUGAAACGCUUUACAUUUAUACAUAUCCUCACAGUCCACUGGAUUGAAAAUUGUCCUGAUGACACUUUUAUGCUCAACAUAUAUAGAAAUGUACAAAAAAAGAUUAGUUGUGACUGUUGAUUUCAUGGAGAGAAAAAAAACAUAUCACUAAGCUAAUUUAUAUGUGGAAUAGUAGUAGUAUUAAGAUGCUAUACAAAUCAUCACUGUGUGACUAUAAGGCUAUGCUACAUAAGGACUGGCAUGGCUCACUAUCCCCCCUACCAUCACAACACAGUCCUUCACUUACCCAUCGGCAACUAUUUGGAUACUUUUCCUAUUUUCUCUUCUUUUUUCUCUUCUCUUCUUUUUUUCCAUUCUACAUAAAUACCAAGACGUUUCCGUCUCUUUUGUGUAUAUUUGUGUUCAUGUUCUCUAUGUUGUAAUGCCUCAUGCGUAGAGUCGACUAUCGAAUUAUCAAAAAUGAAAAAGAAAGAGAAGUUCCUUGUAACUGCACUCUUCCUUCCCCCAAAAUCCUCAAUACUUCUUGUAUGGCAACCAAAAGUUACUGUAAGAAAUAAAUAUAAUAUUGCACUA